ACACCGAAUGACCAACGGGAGUUAGGUCAAACUCCAUUCACGGCAGCAACACAGUCCUAACAUACAGCAUACUACAAACCACACCUUGACCAAUCCCCGCACCACUCAUCUUGGAGUCUACCAGAGCUAAAGCAGUCGAGUGGCGGGACUUGCUACGCAGAAGCUCAUCGAAGAUCUGGAAACUCUACCUCACAAUCAAGAAGCGAGCUCAAAGAAAUCACUGGUUUAUACUAGCUCGUAAUCAGGAUAUUGGAUAUUGGAAUCCCUUUUUCAGUUGUUUUAAAAAUUCAAGGAACAGUUUGUAUACAGUGUCCAUGGAACUUGGCGAUUCACAAAGGGAAGCAGAAGAUUAUGAUGCGUAUGAAGAAUUAUUGGCUGAGUCACAAGAACCAUCAUCAGAUUUUGAUGUUACUGUUGGACACUUAGAAGAUAUAAUGAUGAGUGAUGAAUUCCAGAGAGUACAAGAUAAAUUUAUAAAUGAAUAUUAUAACGAAUUUGAGGAUACUGGAGAGAAUAAACUAUGCUAUACAGAAAUUCACAAUAAAUACAUAAGUACAGUUGAAAGAAUGUUAGAAAAACAGUUAUGUGAAAGAAUGCCUAAUUUUUCAAUGCGUACAUUUAUGGAUAGUCUUGCACCAAACAGUGACUGUUUAGAUGGAGAAGUAUUUGAAAUGUUAUAUACAUUCUCAGAUUUCCUUGCAUUCAAGGAAAUGAUGCUCGAUUACAAAAAAGUUAAAACAGGACAAACAGUUAAUUUGGAAUUGACCAAUACCUAUAUCACAUGUAAUUCUCAAGUAACAGAUCCACUGGUUCAAUUAAGUGGAAAUCACAGAUCUUAUGAUCUGUUUCCUUGUAUUACAACAACAUGUUCUAAUGGUGAACAGAAAGACUGUAGUAAUGGGCACUGAUGUGCUUGUGUGCGUGUGUUUAUACGUGUAUUUAUAAAGCAUUUACAUGUAAGAUAAAAGUAGAUAUAUGCGAAGCAUAGUUUCCCAGUGUACUUGAUUGCAUUUUUCAUGACAAUAGUUAACUGUUACCGUUUUCUGUUCAAAUACCAAAAUCGAGGUGUUAUAUAAGGUUAUUUUUAUUGAAGUGAUUUCAAAGGAUAUUAUACCUUGAAAAAUAAUUUAAAAUUAAAUUUCUUUUGAUAUGAAUGCUAAUUGCACAGUGUAUUGAGAGUUAGCAGUAUCUUUCUCUUUAAUUCACUCAAUUAAUAAUAAAGAAAGAAAUGAGAUUUGAAUUGUUGUUAAGUUUACUUCUGCAGAAUGAUCUGAAUUACUUAUAUUUGGGACCUUCACAUAGAGAAAUAAAAAUAUAAUCAUAACGGGUAAUAAAGUGAUAUAAAAAAAAACGGGAAGACUUGUCCGUCUACUGAACACGCGAAUAAUACAAACUCAAAUUCUAUAAGACAUCUUUUUUAGGAGAUAAGGAGUGAAUUUUAUUGAAGAGAGAAUGAAUUUCGAUAACAUUGAAAUAAAUCUAUCAUUCUUUUUAGAUUAAAAUUGAUCAAAGUGGUUGUUUGUUUAUUAUCACUCGCAUUUGCUGUGUUGGUUAGACAGAGGGGAAUUUAAAAUUCUUCACCGAACAGGAAUCGCUAAAAUAAUAUAGUUGAUCGGAAUUUGUUUGAGUACCGUCAGUAUACCGGAAAUAAGAACAAGAAAAUAGUACUAUCUUAACUCAUUUAGCGAAUAGUGACACUUCAUCAGAAUAGAGGAGCCACUAACAGUUCUUUAACGACUUCUAAAUAGUCUAUCCAGAGGUGCGCGACUACGUCUCCCAGCCUAAACUGUACAAAGUUCAUAAUCUAGAGAACACUUCAGUUUGAGAAAUUUUAUUAAUGACACGCAAAUGACAACGUUGCUGAAUUAAGUAGUGUCGAGAUAUCGGACCCGCCUUUUUAUGAAGACAUGCGAUUUAAUCGCUGAUCUGUUAUUUCACAACAAUUGAUUUUCGUCUACUUGCCUUGGGUAAAACCACUGAGAUUAUGUAAUAUUAUUAAGUUGAUCCUCGUAUUGAUCGAAGACAGUAGUCGAGAAUUCAUUAAAAAGCAUUUUCUCUCAUUCAUCCUUGUUUACUGUAAUAAUGCAUGCUGCUAUGUCCUACUAACUGAUUGAUAUUGGUGGUUUGGUACCAUUCAUGUGAACCACUAGUGCUUACUAGCAAAGCCAAAUUAACCUAAAUAGCGCACAACAGUUUCGCUCGUUUUGAACUGACCUCGCCAGCAGUGUAUCAGCUUUGAUUCAGG